GCCGGGCGGCGGGAGCGGGGCCGCGCCCCCCGCGCCAUGUCGGCCGAGAGGCGGCCGCGCUCGGGCCGCGGCGGCGAGGGCAUCAAGUUGUCAGCAGAGGUCAAACCAUUUGUUCCAAAGCAUGCGGCGGUAACUGUGGCAUGGUCAGAAUCCUCAGAAGCAUGUGUCUUUCCUAGGUACUUAACUACAUGCUACCCAUUUGUUCAGGAACCAUCUUUGGAUAAUGUUCUGGGAGAUCCUGCCUUCUGUGAAUACUCCAGCUGCUCUUACUCACCUGAUGUUGUUGCAAAUGUGUAUCCAGUAGCUGGCUCACAGUAUCAGUCUAACAACUCAACACUCUAUAACGGUUCAGGAAUAGUCAGUGAAUCUGCUGAACAAACAUAUCCAGUCAGACAAGAAAGUAGGAGUCUUUCAAAGCAGAGGAGAUCAAAAGAAGGUGAGAAAAAACUGGACAAAAAAAGGCAUGAUGGAGGUGAAGCUUCUGUCAGAAUUGUGAACAGGACUUCAUUCCAGACUUCUACAUGCAGCAGAGAUUCCGUGAAGCCAGACAGGUUCAAUAAAGCUACAAACAAGAAGUCAACUGAAAUUCCAAAACCAGAGUCUCAUCCUGUACCCACAUUUGAAGCUGGCAUUCUGGAUUUCCACAAGUCACAGAGUUUGGGAAGCAGUGAAGUACUGAAUGUACACCAUAAAAAUACACCAGAAGAUACUUCUGCAAAAAGCAAAGCUUCACCAAAAGCUUCAGAUGAAGCAGGAGCCAAUUUAAUUCCCUCUUCAUUUGAUGGUAGGGUGUCAUUUCCUGAAGCACCUGCAGAUGGCUCUGCUCAGCCACAUGUGUCUUGGGCCUUGGUACUUUCGCAGCCCCCAAAGAAAAUUGUUUCAUCACCAGCAUCUGAAGGUCUUUCCAGAGGCAAAGGGAAGCAGGAGAGUGAACCAAAGCAGUCAGAAACAAAAAAUAUUGCAAGUGAAACUGAGCCUGAAGAAGGGUCAGAAAAGAAGAAAAAAAAGAAGAAAAAGAAGAAAAAACUAAAGUCACCCACUGAUGUAGAAAGACCUCAAAGUGAAUCUAACACAAUACAGGAACCACCGAAGAUUGAGGAUGUUGAGGAGUUUCCUCAUCUGGCAGCUGCUUCAGAUAAGAGAAACAGGAUAGGACCUCAGAAACCAUCCUUUACUUCUGCAGUCAGAAAGCAGUCUGAGGUCCAUCUCUCCGAAGAGCCUUGUGAUAGUCGGUCUCCCUCUCUGGAUGAAACUCCCAAGGUGGAUGGACAGUCAGGGAAACAAGCUUCAUCUUCUGUAUUUGAAAGAAAGAAAACUCAGGAAACAUCCAGGAGCAGUGGUAAGAAGAGUCAAAUUCCAGUGCAGUUGGAUUUGGGUGGCAUGCUUGCAGUCUUGGAGCAGAAGCAGCAAACAGAGAAGUCAAAACAGUCUCCUAAACCUGUGGUAUUUUCAGUUGGUGGUGCUGUACCAUUGCUAUCUAAAGACCCUGCUACUGCCACGAGAAGUCACCGUUUAAACCAAGGAAAGAUGCCUCAUAAUCCCUUGGAUUCCAGCGCUCCUUUGGUAAAGAAAGGGAAACAGAGAGAAGUACCUAAAGCAAAGAGACCAACACCUCUUAAAAAGAUUAUUCUGAAAGAAAGAGAACAAAGAAAACAGCAGCACCUGUUAGAACAGAAAGCAGCACCGAAAGAUGAAGAUAACAUUUGUCAGACAGAAGGAAAUGUUACUGAAAACGCAACACUUCUACAGGAUAGUCAAGCAGCUGUUGCUGUUACACAAGUUGCUGAAGGGUUUCCAGAGCACACGGGGAUCAAGGAAUCUAAAGAAGGUUCUGUGACUACAAAGCAGCUAACUGCCACUCUUCCAAAAAUCCACAGCAGGAAUUUUAGAGAUUACUGCAGCCAGGUACUUAGUAAAGAAGUUGACAGUUGUGUGACAGAUCUCUUAAAAGAACUGGUUCGUUUCCAAGAUCGCUUGUAUCAGAAAGACCCAGUAAAGGCCAAGAUAAAACGCAGGCUUGUUAUGGGUCUUAGAGAAGUUCUGAAACAUCUGAAGCUGAAAAAACUGAAGUGUGUCAUCAUCUCUCCUAACUGUGAAAAGAUUCAGUCAAAAGGUGGGCUGGACGAGACCCUACACAACAUUAUUGACUGUGCCUGUGAGCAGAAUAUCCCGUUUGUUUUUGCCCUUAAUCGCAAGGCCCUGGGCCGCUGUGUGAACAAAGCAGUGCCUGUCAGUGUGGUGGGAAUUUUCAGUUAUGAUGGGGCUCAGGACCAUUUUCAUAGAAUGGUACAGCUGACAACAGAGGCUAGGAAGGCCUACAAAGAUAUGAUAGCAGCUUUAGAGGAAGAAGCUAAAGCAGGACAAAGAGAAACCCAACCCAGCAUCUUAACUCCUGAAACUGAAAAAAAAGGCUUGUUAGAAACUUGUAAAACAUUUUCCAAGGACUCAGAUGAGGAUGUACCAAAUUACAUUAAAGUCUGGAAGAGAAAACUUGAAGAAGAAUAUAACCCCUAUGCACUGGAAUUAGAAAAGAGUGCAACUGCUGACAUGGCGAUACUGAAUUUGGAAGACCAUCAGUAAAUCCAGAUCCAGCUCUAUUGGGCUUUUAAUUUUUUUCUGUUAGAUUCCUAGGAAGAAGGUAGCAAAAAUAACAUAAUCUAAAGAUAUACCUGAAGUUAGCUAAGCAGACUGUUCUGAAUCCCUUUAAGCAAAAUACACACUGGAGCACAUGAGGCACUGGUUAAUGUCUCUGUAUUUUAUGUGUUUCUCUGAUUACUACAGUAGAUGACAACACCAAAUUGUUGUAGCACCAAACCACUUGAACUGGCUUGGCAUACUUUAAUGAUUUUAUGGACUAGCAUUGAUUUCUUGGGGUAGAAUGUACCAAAAGAAUCUGAUAGAAAACUAAUUUUCUUCUGGAAGAGAUUCCUUGAGCCAGAAGGGGCUAAAGGAGAGUUGCCCUUAAUUUUUAAUUCCUGCAUAAAAAACUUCAGCUGUUGUUUGAUUGUGGGUUUGUUCUUAGUUUUUCUUCUAAAUAAGCCUGCUCAGAAGAGCAGGCUGCUAUCAAUGUCACUUUAUUCUAGUCAGCAACAAAUUAAUUUGAGGCAGGUAGCUUGAUUUAAACUAAUUAAGGAAGGCCAUGAUGACAAAGUUCCUAGUUAGCUCUUCUGUGUUGUUCUUUGGGGAUCAUAUAUCAGGUGCGAAGGAGAUAGCACAGACUACAAGGGUCUGAAAUUCCUGAAGUGAAUGUGCUCCAUUUAGAUUUUUUAUAAAUUUGAUGUUUCUGUUGCUACUGGGAGUAGUUUAUUAUACAUCCUGCUUUGAAGUUAAAGGAUGUUGCAGGACAGAAAAUGUGCUAGCCUGCUUAUUUGUACCAUCUCCUUGCUGAGACUCCUCAUUCCUUCAGUUUGGAGUUGUGUUGUUAUAUAAAACUAUGAGCUUUUGAGAAAUCCCAGUUUGUAUCUAAAUAGAAAAAAAUUUAUAUCUUAACAAGAAAUGAAGUUUGUAUCCUAGUGGAAAUAAAAUUUUAAAAACAAAAUGUGUUUAUAGUAGUGGUGGAGCACCUCAGUAGGAAUGGUCUAUAUACACAGUUUUUUGAGGACAAGCCUAAAGAAAGUAAUUGGAGGGAUGCACAUAUAACUUGUGUCAGCUUUUCUGAAAGGUGAUACAGAUGCCAUAUGCUGCUCAGCAUCUCUGAGGUGUGUCUGCAAGCGCUUCACCAUACUGAACAUUUGUAGUGCAAUACUUUGGAAAGUAGCUGCCUUGUGAUGAUAGAAGUGGUGUAAAAAGCUUCAAAUAAUUUUGAAAUGCAAACAGUUUUGUAGACUAUAAAUUGUAUAAAAUCUGUUACAAUAUAUUGAUUCUAUAAAGAAUGCUUGUGACUUAA